UUCUCACUGCAUGGAAUGGUCUCAUGAUAUCUGCCCUUGCACGGGCGUAUGAGGCUUUAGAUAUAAAAGAAUAUUUGUCACUUGCUGAAAAUGCGGCAAAAUUCCUGAAAGAAAGGAUGUAUGAUGCCGGUAAAAAACAAUUGCUACGAAGUUUUCGUGAAGAGCCCGGCAAUAUAAAUGGUUUCUCGGAUGAUUAUAGUUUUCUAAUUCAAGGUCUAAUCGAUCUUUAUGAAUGUUCCUUCGACGAAAACUACUUGAAGUGGGCCAUUGAUCUGCAAGAGACUCAAAAUGAACUUUUCUACGACCAAAAUUCUGGCGGAUACUUUAACGUUCCAGAAACAAAUAAAGAUAUCUUGUUAAGAAUGAAAGAUGAUCAUGAUGGCGCAGAACCUUCGGCAAAUUCAGUGGCAGUAAGCAAUCUGAUUCGCUUAUACGCCUUUACCCAAAAUUCCGAUUAUAAUGCCAAAGCCGAAGCAACUCUUCAAACAUAUGGCGACAAUUUGCAAAAUCAUCCUCACUCCAUGACAUCAUUAGUCUCUA